AUGCCUAGGCUUACCAGAAGACGUCGUCUAUUUCGCGAGCACUUUGGUUUCACGUUCGAAACGGUGCCCACGGAUUACACCUUUGGCCGACUGAAAUCGAAGCUCAAGGACUUUCAGGCCUCGUCCGACCAGCUGCGGCUAAUCAACUCCAGCACGCCGUUGCCGAGCCACUGGGCCGCGCAACAUGAGAAGGAUCACGUUCGCGCCGUGCAGAUGAAUAGGCCUUUUUUUCGGCGACGAGCUGCUGUAAUCGCCGCUCGCAACGCCGCAAUGGGCAUACCGGCACCCAAGAUGGUGUCCGGAAACCACCUCGAGAAGCCGCCGCUGCCGCCCGAGGGCACCUUUGCCGGCGCCCCGCCGGCGAUGAAGUCGCGGCUGCUGGUGCUGGAUGCGAGCUUCAACCCGCCGACGCGGGCGCACGCGCACAUGGCUAGGGUGGCCGUGCACGACGUGCUCGAGGAGCAGCGCGCGGCCGUGGCCGAGGCCGAGCACUACGCCGCCAUCGCCGGCGUCGUUGGCGGCAUGAGGCCGCCGCCCGUUGUGCGGCCCGAGACGCGCCUGGUGCUGCUGCUCGCCGUCAACAACGCCGACAAGGAGCCGCAGCCGGCGCCGCUCGAGGACCGCCUGGCCAUGAUCUACGCCUUUGCCCACCACCUCCAGCGCGAGCUGCGCUACCAGGACGACAGCGUCCCCAUUGAGAUCGCGCUCACCUCGGAGCCCUUCUUCAACGGCAAGGCGGAGGCGCUGCGCACGGCCAGCUGGUACCCCAACAUGCGGCCGCACAUGACGUUUAGAAAAUGUGACCAGCGUGGCCGCAAGCUGCCCGGCAAGUGGAACAUGCCGCCGAUGGAGUUUAUCACGGGGUUCGAUACUCUCGUGCGGAUUCUAGACCCCAAGUACUACAAAGAUGAGGAGGAGAAUAAAAAAGACGAUGCCAAGGAUACUACUGGGGCGGCGGACCAGAACGACGUAGACAUGACGGACGCCACGGGGGAGGCCAGCCAGGAAGGUAAGGGAGACAAAAAGAUGGCCACCGAAGAGGCACCUGCGGCACCGCCGCCGGGUACUCUCGCCGCACUAUUGGCAUCCAGACCGCAGCGCGGGAUGACGCCUAUGAGGAGGGCUCUGGACCCUUUCUUCGCGCACGCAUCGCUGCGCGUGAUGCUGCGGCCUGGCGACGACAACGGCCCGUCCGAGGAGCAGCGGCGCUACAUCGCGGCGCUGGCAGGCGAGGCCGAGGGCGCGCCGGGCGUGUCCAGCCUCAACGAGGUGGGCGGCGACGUCGCGUGGAUGGGCAAGGUGCACAUCCUCUCCGAGGAGGAGAGCGACAUGGCCGCGGGCGUGAGCAGCUCCAUGGUGCGGCAGGGCGUGCGCGAGCGCGGGUCCAAGGCGGCCGAGGGCCUCGUGUACCCCCUCGUGAUGGACUGGCUCAAGAAGCGCUCGCUGUACCGCCGGCCGCCGCCGCCGCCGGGCACGUUCUACGACGACGGCGGCCUGGUCGAGAUCAAGACGCUCGGUGCCUGGCGAAAGGAAGACUUUUUCGGCGACGACGACGACGACGCUUAUGUGAUUGACUGA